CUUUGCUUUGCGUAGUUAAUAAACAAUUUCAUCCAACUCGGUUCCCCGAAUUAAGCAGAUUUUAAUUGAUGUUUAAGGCUAAUAAGGAUCCAUGUAAGCCUUUCGCCUGUGCUAUACAAGCUUGUUUAGUGGAACAUAAUUUUCAAGAACAUAGAUGCAGUGAGGUGCUUGAGCAAAUGCGUUUGUGCUGCCUUAAGUGGCAUAAGGAGUCACUGUGUUGUAGUGGUAUCAAUUUGGAAAAAUCUUAUUUACAAAAUCCAGAAGUUGAAAUCAAACCAAAGAUUUCACGCAGUAGUAACAAAUAAUGCCAACACCAACAC